AUGUCUCAUUUGUUUGAGGACUUCCUACAGAAUCAUGACAUCAUCUCUCAACAGUCUUGCUCUUCAACACCUCAACAAAAUGGGGUGGCUGAAAGGAAGAACCGUCACCUUCUUGAUGUUGUUCGCACUCUCCUGUUAGAGUCAUCUACGCCCUCUCGUUUUUUGUGUGAAGCUCUCUCCACUGCUGUCCAUCUCAUCAAUAGGUUGCCUUCUCCCACAUUGCACCACAACUCUCCUUUCACCAAGUUAUUUGGUCGCCCACCAUCUUAUUCCAACCUUCGUACCUUUGGUUGUGUCUGUUAUGUUCAUCUUCCUGCACAUGAAUGCACAAAACUCACGACUCAAUCGAUUCAGUGUGCUUUCCUAGGAUAUUCAAUCCACCAGAAAGCUCCUGUUUUAAAUACCUCUUCUCUAGCACCAGUCCCUUCUAAGCCUCUCUUAGUGUAUCAACGACGCUCCUCCGCCACUUCCCACCAGCCUCCAGCACCUCCCAAGCCCCUUCCAGCUCCUUCCCCGACUGCUGCUCCUGUUCCAGCAACUCCACCUCCCCCUCUCAGACAAAGUACUCGGGUUCGUAGACCACCAGAUAGGUUUGGUUCCUCUCCUCUUUCAUCCUUCACUGCCACCUUGUCUUCUAUUUCUCUUCCUUCGUCUUACACACAGGCCAUGAAGCAUGAGUGUUGGCGGAAAGCUGUUGAAACUGAGCUUCUCGCACUUGAGGAAAACCAAACCUGGGACGUUGUUCCAUGUCCCUCAUCCGUGAAACCCAUUGGCAGUAAGUUCGUGUUUUCUGUCAAGCUUCGUUUUGAUGGGUCCAUAGACCGUUAUAAGGCUCAGUUAGUGGCACUUGGCAACAAACAAGAAUAUGGUCUCGACUAUGAUGAGACCUUCGCACCAGUCACCAAAAUGACCACUAUCCGCACCAUACUCGCCCUUGCUGCAUCCCAAUCAUGGCCCUUACAUCAAAUGGAUGUCAAGAAUGCAUUCCUCCACGGUGAUCUCAAGGAAGAAGUUUACUUGCAACUUCCCUCUGGUAUGCCUACUUCCUCACCUAAUGAUGUUUGCAAACUGAAACGUUCUUUGUAUGGUCUGAAGCAGGCCCCGCGAGUAUGGUUUGAAAAGUUUCUCUCCACUUUGCUUGGUUUUUCUUUCACUCAGAGUCAGUAUGACUCCUCUCUUUUUCUACAACGAACAUCUAUGGGUAUCGUUGUCCUCCUUGUUUAUAUGGAUGAUAUCAUCAUCACCGACUCUGACUUGGACGCAAUCUCUGCAGUUCAAACUUUGUUGCAUUCUACUUUCCACAUGAAAGAUCUUGGUCAGCUCACUUAUUUCUUGGGUCCAUCAUCAACCUCAUGGUCUCUUCUUGCAUCAGCACAAGUACAGUCAAGAUCUGGUUCAGUUAGCCGGCCUUACCAACACUACUUCAGUUGA